AUGCCUCCAAAAGCAAACUCGGAUCAUGCAGAUGCAGAGGCAGUAUUGAAAAAAUAUGUUGAUGAAUUGAAUGAACAAUCGGAACAAGUUGCAAUACAAACCGGAACCUCUUCAUCCUCCUCAACACUUGCCAAAUAUUUGAGUGCAGCACCAAAGUUUAAAAAGAGUGGUGUACAGAUGGGAAGCAUAACAAUAGCAGCAGCAUCAAAUGAUGGUGAGAAGGUACUAGUAUCAUCGGCGCUGAUGAAUGAAAAGAAUUCAAGUUCGGAACAAUCAUUGAUUUAUCAACCAAAAUUAAUGAUGGGCAAUUUGAAUACUAAUAAUUUAAAUAAUUUAAAUAAUAAUGUAAAUAAUAAUUCUACAGAAAGGAAUAAUACACCAAUGGAAAAGAAGAGGAAAAUGAAUGAUUUUCUUGAUGAAAUUUCCAAUAAGAAUAUGCCUAAAAAGACCAAAAAGAAUGGUUAUUUGAAAAUAUCAAAUGUUAGAAUUUCAUUAGAGGAAAUAGAGGAUGAAUUUUCGAGGUUUGGAAGUGUUGAUCAAUGUUUUGGAUCUCAUGAUAGUGAAAAUAUUUUCUAUUUGGAAAUGAAAAGGUAUGAUGCAGAGUGUGCCAUGCAUGCAAUGCAAAAGAGAAGAUUUGGAGGAGAACCAAUUAAUAUUCAAUGGUGUACAAAUAGUGAAAUUGAAAAGAAUUGUAAGUUUUUCAAAGUGUUAGAAAUAUGUAACUUUAUCUCGAAAUGA